GGCGUCAUAAAGGGCGAGCACCACCCUUCGAUUGCUGGACUUAGCGUCUUCCAGAGCUUCCAGAGAGUUAGCCAGUCGUAAUCGUGCUUUCCGCCGUCUGUAGAUGACAACAGAUCAUCAAUGCCAGUUCUUCCCACCUUGGCCGAUCCAACUGACAGCCUCCCCAUCUUCCUCCGUCAACGGCUGGGCGGUGAAAUCGCAGGGAGUGGAGAAUGAGCGACUGCACGAAAUAGAUCCCGAAGAAUCCAAGCAAGUAGAUGAAGGAGGCGACGAACGCGAGUAUCGCGACGAUCUCGGAGAAGUUCACGACGUGGAGCGGCGUCGAGGUCCUGAUCUUCCUCUAUUAUUUUCUGAAGCUCAGCAUCUGCCCAAUCUUCAAUUCUGUCUGGGUUUUUUACGAGAGGCAAAUGAUCGGCUGCGACCAGUGCAAGCAGAUCAAGGUCGGGAGAAUGAUGAGUUUUCCGGCGAGGCACUCGUAGAGACGCUCACGAAGGGUAGCUUCUAACUGAGUACUCAUUUUGGGCUUCCUGCUCGACCCUGUAGUCAUCUUCGUCGACAAUGGCCUUCACCAGCCUCUCCAGCUGCUUCUUUAUCUCCACGGCCUUCGCCUUCUCCGCCGCCGUGGACGCAUCGGCGUCGGUCACAGUUCCCUCCCCGGAGACGAAACCUUUCCUGGCCAUUUGCGGAGGAAGGAAGAAAAAUUGAGAUCAGGGGUUGCUGUUGCUCUGAUUAUUCGUCUCAGAUGAAUGGGACGUCGAGAAUUGUAGACCGUUGCUGCAGCUGCAUCGUCUCGUCUGUCAGAGGAAGGCGAGAGAGACACAGAGAGAGAUGCUCUGUUUUCCUGGAUUUCUUUUUGUCUUGGUUUCUGUGUGCGACUGAUUGAUGGAGAUGGAUCGCCCGUUGGUGUAGAAAUCAGGGACGCCGCCGCCUCCUCCGCCAUUGAAGCCUCCCGAUUGCAUUUUUUUUUUUUUUUUUUUUUUUUUUUUUUUG